GCUUAACUUCAACCCCUGCGCUGUCAGACGAGGAAGUGAGCUUUGCACACGCCCCUUUUAGCUGUCGACCCUGAGCAUAGCGCCGCUCGGAGACACACACAACACACACUUUAUAAACAUGCACACGCUCCUGGAUGUACACUGAGGAGACCGACGUGCACAACUCCACCACCGGUUUCGAGAAACGUAAGGAUGGAGGGAGGACCUCAGCAGAACCAGGCUGGACCGGGGGAGGCUAGCGGCCCCCCCUGCCUCCCCCCCAGCACCCCCACCCCGCCAAGACUCACCCCCACCCCGCCAAGACUCACCCCCACACCCCCAAGACUCACCCCCAACCCCACCCUCCUAGACACCCCCCCGCCAACACUCGGCCCCACCUCCAACUCGCCCCCUCCCCCCCUUACCCCGGCGCCCUCUCUCUCCGCCUCCUUGCACGCCCCCAAAGCCCCGCCCUCGCACGCCCCCAUCCCGGCCCCGCCCAAGCUCACGUCCACCGCGGGCCCCGCCCUACGCACCUACUCUCGCCCCAUCCUCCCCUCCCCCGCGGGUCAAAGGUCAAAGCCCCCCUCCUCCCCCACCGGCUCCCCCCUCGCGGCCCCCACUACCACCCCCGGCCCCUCCUCUUCGUCGUCACCCUUGGCAACCAGCUUCGCCCCAUUCGCCGCCUCCACCUCCUCCUCUUCCUCUUCCUCCUCCUCCUCGUCUCACGGGAGCCCGGCGCUGUGCGCCAAGGCGGCCGGCGGCCUGACCAAUGGGAACGCGAAGCCCGUGUCCACGGCGACCUCGGGACCAAUCACGCCCUUUCACACUCCCGCCAGUCCCGCCGGCCGACAGGGACCACAGACCAAUCCGAUGGGGAUACCGGGUCUCGUGCGAGCCAAUCAGAGCCCGGCGCCCGUCAGGCAGGGGGUUUCGCAGCAGGCAUUGCUCUUAGGGAAAAGCCUCAAAGGGUCUGGCCAAGAUCAGGUGCUGCUCAGAGCCCAGAUGCUUAUUCUCACGUCUGCAAUGCGUCCCGUCUCUUCCUCCGCCACUUCCUCCUCCGCCUCCUGCUCUUCCUCCUUCUCCUCCUCUUCCUCUCAUCCUGCUUCCGCUCAGCUCCAGAGCCUCACCCCUCCGGCCCCCCCCCCCUGGGACCCUCGGCAUCCCCCCCUCCCUCCGCCUGAAGCCCCCCCUCUCGGCCCCCCCCGCCCUCGCUCGCCCGCGGACCCCUCUCUUCCCCCCGCUCAGGCCCCGCCCCCAACCCAGCGCCACGGCGACGGAGGGCCCGACCCCGCCCAACCGCCACCUCUCCGUCGCGCCCCCAGGUAG